AUGACCAACUCCCCGACGCUGAUCGUGAUGAUCGGCCUGCCCGCCCGCGGCAAGACCUACGUGUCCAAGAAGCUGACCCGGUACCUCAACUGGAUCGGGGUGCCCACCAAAGUGUUUAACUUAGGGGUGUAUCGCCGGGAAGCGGUGAAGUCUUACAAGUCCUACGACUUCUUCAGGCACGACAACAAGGAAGCCAUGGAAAUCCGCAAACAAUGUGCCUUGGUGGCUCUAGAAGACGUGAAGGCUUAUCUCCUGGAGGAGUGCGGGCAGAUUGCUGUGUUUGAUGCGACCAACACGACUCGAGAAAGACGGGACUUGAUCUUAAAUUUUGCAAAAGAAAAUGCUUUCAAGGUGUUUUUUGUGGAGUCCGUCUGUGACGAUCCAGAAGUCAUUGCUGCCAAUAUCCUGGAGGUGAAAGUUUCCAGCCCUGACUAUCCUGAGAGGAACAGGGAGAACGUGAUGGAUGAUUUCCUGAAGAGGAUUGAGUGCUACAAGGUCACUUACCAGCCUCUUGAUCCCGAUGCCUAUGACAAAGAUCUUUCCUUCAUUAAAGUGAUCAAUGUGGGACAGCGGUUCCUAGUAAACAGAGUCCAGGAUUACAUCCAGAGUAAAAUCGUCUAUUACCUAAUGAACAUUCAUGUCCAGCCACGCACCAUCUACCUUUGCCGACAUGGUGAGAGUGAAUAUAAUCUUGUUGGCAAGAUUGGUGGGGAUUCUGGUCUGUCACCACGUGGGAAGCAGUUUGCUCAGGCGCUGAAGAAGUUCAUCGAGGAGCAGGAAAUAGUAGAUCUGAAGGUGUGGACCAGCCAGCUGAAGAGGACGAUCCAGACGGCCGAGUCCCUGGGGGUCACCUACGAGCAGUGGAAGAUUCUCAACGAGAUUGAUGCUGGGGUAUGUGAAGAAAUGACCUAUGCAGAAAUUGAAGCCAAGUAUCCAGAUGAGUUUGCCUUGAGGGAUCAAGAGAAAUACCUGUAUCGUUAUCCUGGAGGAGAGUCCUACCAGGACUUGGUCCAGCGCCUGGAGCCAGUAAUUAUGGAGCUGGAGCGGCAAGGCAACGUCCUGGUCAUCUCCCACCAGGCGGUUAUGAGGUGUCUGUUGGCUUAUUUUCUUGACAAGAAUGCAGAUGAGCUGCCCUACCUGCGCUGCCCCCUCCACACCAUCCUCAAGCUCACCCCUGUUGCCUACGGUUGUAAAGUGGAGACCAUUACCCUGAACGUGGAAGCAGUGAACACCCACCGUGACAAACCCUCCCUGAACUCAGACAAGUUUCCCACCAGCCAAACCCCUGUAAGGAUGAGAAGGAACAGCUUUACGCCGCGGGCCAGCGCGGACACGGUAAAGCGCCCUCGACAUUACAGCCUUGGGAGCAAACCUCUCGACCCACUGGGACCUUUCCUGGCCCUGGAAGCUCGAGAUGGGGCCGACCAGCAGCAGCUACAAGUCGGUGUCCAGCCUCAAGGGGGAAAUGCUUGCCUGGAGCCAGCACCCAGCAUCACCCAUGAGACCUGCCCUGCCCCCCCGGCCUCUGAGGGAAGGCUGGGCUGA